AUGGCGCAGUCUGAACAGGAGAUGCAAACAAGAGGCCGAGGAGUUCGGCCAACUGCUAUGAAUGUGCUGAGUGGCGAAGACAACUACGAAAGGUGGCAGACUUUCCGGGAAGCAUACAAUGACUACGCACGAUGGGAGGGAGUGUUUGCCAUGGAACCGGAAUUGCAACUAUCGAACUUCCGUCAGUGCUUCGGUGAAGCCAAUCGGGCCCUCCUGAGACAUCUCGGACUCGAGGCCAUGGUGAGCGGUGACAGAGCAAACCCCCAACGGCAAGGAGCCGUGCACAACCAAAGCCAGAGAGGCGAUUUCAAAGAAAACAACGACUUGACGCUUGAGAACGCGCUAGACUUGAUGAGAAGACAUGAGGAUAACGAAGGAGCCUUGGCAGACAUCAAAGACAAUCGGGAAAGCGUGAUGUCUGGAAGCCAAGAGAUCAACGCAGUGUCAUUCCGAAACUCUAAGAAAAGACCGUUCAGGAGAACCAAUACGGGCAGGACGAAUGCUUGCUCGUUUUGUGGCAGUAGGCACCAGCCGCGGAAGUGUCCUGCGUACGGAUACCGCUGCGGGAAAUGUGGAAAAAACAACCAUUUCGAUGCGUGCUGUCUAACAGGCGAGCAAACCCGUGUUGUCGAGACUUUGGAAGAAGGAGACGAUUGGUGUGAAGACAUGUUCAUGGCCGGGACAACAGAUCGUGUCAAGCGAAAAUUCUUCACAAAGCUGCAGCUCGAAGACAAGACGUAUCUGAGAGGCCAAAUCGACACGGGAGCGACUUGCAACGCAAUGAGUUGGAAAGAUUACUCAGAUCUAAAGAAAAAGGGAAUCGUCAGCCAUAUAGACAAAAAGAGACGCAAACCAUUGAAAAUGUAUGACAAUCACGUCACAAUGUCCUUGGGAGUGUGCAGAUUACCAUGCUCUGUGAAUGGGCGAAGUUUUUCGCUACCGUUCCAGGUGAUGAAUCACGGAGUCGAAAUUCUCAUUUCGGGCUACCAUGCCAAGAAAAUGGGCUUAAUACAGUUCGAUCAAUCAGUCGAAGCUGUUUAUCAGAUCCGGGAAAAGGACUCAACGUCGUCGGGAGGUGGGAAAGCUCUGCUGGACACUUAUGCCGACAUAUUCGAAGGUCUUGGAGAAUUCGGCGACCCG